CUUAUUUUUUUGACCCCCUCCAGGUGUCCCCCAGCCCUUCCUCCCGCGCUCCCUUCCCCUCCAGCAGCACAGCAUCAUGGGACAGCCCUACAUUGAGCUUCGCCACCGGGCCCCUGAAAACCGCCUGAGGCUGUCCUUCUCUGUGCCUACCAGCCCACACCCUGAGGCCCCGCUGCUGCACCCUAGAGACCCCCAGGUGCCCACAGCCCGGCCCGGGCAGACGGCACCGGGCCAGCAGUCGGCGAUGGACCAGCUGAACCAGCAGCAGCACGUCGGCCAUAUCGCAGCCGCGCUCACGCAUAGCGGUGAGGCAGUGCUCCCGGGCGCUGAUGGGAUGGAGGAGCACCUGGAGGGGGAAGACUCGGCUGUCAAAGACCUGGAGGACGUGGAGGUGAAAGACCUGGUCGACCUCAACCUGAACCUUGACCCUGAAGACGGUAAGGAGGAUCUGGAUCUGGGUCCUAACGACCUCCACCUUGACGACUUCCUGCUGUCAGGGAAGUUUGACCUGAUUGCCUACGCCGACCCAGAGCUCAACCUGGAGGACAAGAAGGACAUGUUCAAUGAGGAGCUGGACCUGGGGGAGUCUGCAGAGGAGAAGGAGGGGGGAGAGAGGAGUGACGGAGCCACCGGGUCCCGAAGGAAGGACAGCCACAGCCAGGUCAAACAGGAAGUACAGGACGGCAUCAAGAAGGAGGACAAGGACAGCGCCCCCUCUACGCACCCUGCUCCGCAGCCAGGGGCCAUCCCCAGCAGCAGGCCUCCAGGGGUUCCAGGACCUCCAGGGGCUCCAAGGUUGGAGGCAGCCAGCUCCAGCCAGCUGUCUGUCCCUGCUCCCCCGCAGAAGCUGGAGGACUCUGGUUCUGGAUCAGGGGCCCUGCCGGCUCUCCACACCCAGGAACAGGCUCCGUCCUUGGGCAUGGCGGCCAGGAUCCUCCCUCCGGUGGCUGGAGGUCCACAGUCCGUCUUCCAGCAGCAGCACAGAGCGUUUGGACCUCCCCCAUCGGCUCUCUUCACCUCCACCCCUCAGGCUCUCCCCGUGUCUCCUCCCCCCAGUCUGCCUCCUCAGGGGGGCCCCGCCCCUCCUCACCCGCUUCCCUGCACCCCCCCCCAGCCCCGUCUCCUCCUCAGCCCCCAGAGCCAGGCCGUCUUCCCCAAGAACCAGGAGCAGAACCAGGAGCAAAACCAGGAGCAAAACCAUCAUAGGCCUCUGCUCCUGGAGGAGCAGCCCCUUCUCCUGCAGGACCUUCUAGACCAGGAGCGCCAGGAGCAGCAGCAGCAAAAACAGAUGCAGGCUCUGAUCAGACAGAGGUCCACCACUGAGGCCGCGCCGCCCAACAUGGCAGCAGACUUUGACUCCAUCUCCGACCCCAUCAUGAAGGCCAAGAUGGUGGCUCUGAAGGGCAUCAACAAGGUGAUGACGCAGGGCAGCCUGGGACUGAACCCCAUGGUCAUCAACAGGUUCCAGCCGGCCCCGGUGGUCCCGGGUCCAGAGGGGACCCCUCAGCCUCCUAACCUGGUGGGACAGGACGUCAAACUGACCCCCCAGCUGCUGCGGCCCAGCCCCCCCAGCUUCGGCCCCGGCUUCGUCAGUGAGUAUCCACACACACACUCGUCCACACACCGCAUGUCCUCUCCGUCUCUGUCCCCGCA